UCCGCGGGGUCCUCGGCGCCUGCGCCCGCCGUAUAAAGGCCGACGCCGCGCCGCGCCGCUGUAGUGGCCUUGUUGUCCGCCUUUCUGUGGUGUGUGCUGACGCCGCCCAGCCCCCGUCAGCCUCCGGCCCGCUGUCUCCUUGAGACCUGACACCAUGCCUUCAAUUAAGUUGCAGAGUUCUGAUGGAGAGAUAUUUGAAGUUGAUGUAGAAAUUGCCAAACAAUCUGUGACUAUCAAGACCAUGUUGGAAGAUUUGGGAAUGGAUGAUGAAGGAGAUGAUGACCCAGUUCCUCUACCAAAUGUUAAUGCAGCAAUAUUAAAAAAGGUCAUUCAGUGGUGUACCCACCACAAGGAUGACCCUCCUCCUCCUGAGGAUGAUGAGAACAAGGAAAAGCGGACAGAUGAUAUCCCUGUUUGGGACCAAGAAUUCCUGAAAGUUGACCAAGGAACACUUUUUGAACUUAUUCUGGCUGCAAACUACUUAGACAUCAAAGGUUUGCUUGAUGUUACAUGCAAGACUGUUGCCAAUAUGAUCAAGGGGAAAACUCCUGAGGAAAUUCGCAAGACCUUCAAUAUAAAAAAUGACUUCACUGAAGAAGAGGAAGCCCAGGUACGCAAAGAGAACCAGUGGUGUGAAGAGAAGUGAAAUGUUGUGCCUGACACUGUAACACUGUAAGGAUUGUUCCAAAUACUAGUUGCACUGCUCUGUUUAUAAUUGUUAAUAUUAGACAAACAGUAGACAAAUGCAGCAGCAGAUCAAUUGUAUUAGCAGAAUAUUGUCCUCAUUGCAUGUGUAGUUUGAGUACAGAUUCCAAACUUAUGGCUGAGUUUCUUCUAGUAUGUUCAGAAGUUUCUUUUUUCUUUGCUCUGAAUAAAACUAAACUGUGGGUUCUCUAUGGAA